AAUCACAAAAUCCUGUUAAAGUUUGUUUUGCUUUUGUCAGUUUUGCUCGCACAGUAGUUGAUAAGUUAUGACAAUUAAUGAUAACGCACUUAUCAUUGUAAACUUUGAUCUAUUGAUACCUUUGAUAGAAGACCAAGGCCUCCUUCCGUCACCGAAUUGUAUUGUAGUCAAUAAUUUUUAAACCUAAAAGUGUUCAUAACUUAUUAUUUUGAACAUUGGUAGUAAGAAAAACUACACAAAAUGUCUCUAUCGAAGCCAAUAAUGAAUCUGGUAGCAUCCUAUUUACAAAACUUAUACCUACACCCUAUUAAAACGAAAUCAAUAACAAGUUGUGUCUUGGGAUCAGCUGGUAGCAUUGCUUCACAGCUUGUGGCUGGACAAUCAUUGAGAUUAGAUCCUGUAUUAGCUUUUGGAUUGUAUGGGUUAUUAUUUGGAGGUACCAUACCACAUUAUUUCUAUGAAAUUUUAGAAAGAUUAUUCCCUGAAGAUGUUGUAGCUUUUCCAUUGGCUAAAAAGUUAAUAUUUGAAAGAGCAAUCUUUGCACCAAUUAUGCAGGCAUUCUCUUUAUACACAUUAUCAAGGUUUGAGGGAAAGAAUCAUAAGGCCGCAGUGAAACAGCUGUUUUCUCUGUAUUAUUCAGUGCUUGAAGCUAAUUGGAAAUGGCUUACUCUGUUCCAAAUCAUAAACCUAGCAUUUAUUCCACCAAUGCUGAGAGUACUGUUUAUGAAUCUCGUUGGAUUCGGUUGGGCAAUGUUCAUUGCAACUAAACGUCGCGAACAAAGUCAAAAGAAGGAUGCUGUAAAUUAAGACUUUGAUUUGAAGACAUCCAGCUCAUUGAAUAUAUAUUAACAAAAUAUAGUAACAUGGAAUAUGUGAAGGUUGUUGGGAUGGAAGGUGGGGGUAAUUUUUUACAUGUUUAAAGGGAAAGUAAUAGCUUGU